AUGUCUAUUAGACAGUUGGUCAAUACGGACGAUACUGACGAAGUAAGCGGGGCGGUUAGUGCCUUAUUAACUAUGAGCAAGACUGUGUCAAGUGAAGUAAACCCGCAACAGACUACUCAAGAUGAUAACGGCUCAGCUCCGUCGUCUGCGACAGGUCUCUUCGAUAGAGUCUUAAAUAAGACCAGAAAGGCAUAUGAAGAAACAGUGGCGACUUCACCUAUGUUGCAGUUGGUAGGAUCUGGAAUCAGAACUCUAUCACGACCUGUCAUGGGUUCUCAGAAUACGCAGCAGGAUAAUGUCUUAGAAGCAGAUAAUGAACUGCGGAGACGACGUGAUGGUAAAAGUUCUUCACCUUCUCAUAGACCGGGAGGAAGAAUUCACAGAACUUCUCAGUCUAAUGGCUCCUCAACAAGCGCAUCAUACUCCCCCUAUCCUAAUCCUAAUAAUAGUAGUGUCGUUUCUGGUGCAGCAUCUACGUCGAGGAGAAGUUAUGCCCAGUUAGUAAUGGAUGGGGGGGCUGCUAUCGCUGCAGUGGGAGCAGUUGUUUCCGAAGAGAGUAUGAAGUCAUUGAAAUACUGUCAACAAUGGCUUCUAUACGCUACACGACAUAUUGACAGACAAAUCGCAGUCCUCCGUCAAUUUAUCCUCAACCUUACCACACCGUCAUCUAAUACAGCCUUAAUACCUUCAUCUGCUUCAGCAACCCUGGCUUCUAUAAAGAAAGAGGUGGUAGAAACCCUGAGGAAGGUGAUUGAGGUAAUAAGUCUAUAUGCUGGUGCCUGUCUAUCAGAACAAGCAAGACGUAGCGUAAGAAGUUUUAUUCUCAGUCUUCCCAAAAAAUGGGAAUAUGUAAAUCGCCAAGAGCAUUCUACCUCGCCUUCUCCUAUGUCUUCUCCUCAUCUCCCACCAGCAAACGCUCACCCUAUCAACCAAACUACUGAUUAUGCUAGAAGAUUAUUAAGUUUAGCCAACGAAUCCAAAGAAAUGCUGAGUAGUGUUUGUCAAAUAUUUGCGGACAGUGUAAUACGAGCGGAAGCAUGGGUCGGGAAGUUACAAGCCGCCGGGAUUCCAAGUGGUGGUGCUGCAGCCAUGGGGAACAUUCAUUUUCCCAGCAUUCCACAAACAUACGAUGCUUCAUCUCAUAGUGGUCCUCACCGUUCACCUGCUACAAGCAACUAUUCUAAUGCUAAACAUUCUCACACAUCAUUUAAUAACGAGGAAGAUGAAUAUUCAAAUGAUAGUGAUAAUUCGUCGACAGAAUCCGAAACAGAAGAUAAGCGUAUGAAAAUGGAUCCAAAUCAUGAACGUGAAUUAAAGAACGUGAAUCUUUCCAAACAACAAGCACGAGUAAAUGGGGAGUCGGUCACUGCAAAAAAGCGACAAAAGAAGGGGAAUAAAGACAACAUGGAUUUGUCAUGA